AUGGUGUUCUCUGCUUGCACAGGAGACAGACCACCGGCAUUACCGAUGGUGCUGCCGCUUCUCGCAGCCGCCGGCCACGGCGGUGGCCAGCUCCUGAUGGUGCUGCUGGUCCCCUUCCUGCUCAAGAUCCCCGCACGCCGGUACGCGCCGCUGGUGCUUGGGGACCUGGCCUUCUCCUCCAGGCUGUUUUUCUUCCGGCUCAGCCGGAUUCUCUUCCACGCCCAACCCGCCGCCGCCGGUGGCGGCGAUGGCCGGUGGGGGAGGACCCUCCGGCUGGUGGUCUCCGGCAGGGCUCACGGCGGCCAGCGGUGGGCCGGCCCCGACGAGGACAGCCUCCAUGCGGUCUCCAUGCUCGUCCUGUGA